AUGACAAAUGUCCGCCGAGAUCUGGCAUCUUUCAAGUUUCAGCACGGCGUGACCCAUCUCACUUGGACGUCGUCAUCAAUUGAAGCCUCUGCAUGGAAGAUCAGUAUACACAGAGCGGUCAGCGAUGCUACCGGAUUCGUUCUUACCUUUGAGAAUCAGCAUCGCAGCGAUGACGAUUACCUAGUUAAGGCACAAAAAGAAUUGAACUCGAUCGAAUUUACGGAUCUGCAUAAUCUAUCCAGUCAUGGUGAAUAA